AUGCCCCCCAAAAGUGUCGCAGACGGUUCUGCGCCGGCCCAACACGAUGCUCAACCGGCUUCCACAUCAUCGAAACUAUUCGCAGUGCCAGCGCCGAUAAAAAGCGUCUUUGAUCGCUUUCCCCUUGUCACAUAUCAGUCCGAGGAUGUGCCUUUAAGUCGAACGGGCCGCUCCGAGCGGAAUAGGCUGUUUGUCUUUAUCGAUCCAGCCGAUGCUAAGAAGGGGGCGCCGUCGUUCAACCCGCAAUGCUUGAAGUGGCAGUCGUAUCUCAAAUUCGUUGGCAUUGACUUUGACCUCGUCUCCUCGAACAACCAUGCAUCCCCGACGGGCGCUCUUCCCUUUCUUCAUCCGGCUCUCCCAGCUGCAAGUCUGGACCCGAUUCCGUCAAAUAAAAUACAAAAAUGGGCUAUUGAGCAGGUGCACUGUGAAGAAGAGCAGCAGCUGAAUAUGCGCUUUGAUGUGUACAUGUCGUUACUCGAGCAUCGGAUACGCACUGCUUGGCUAUACCAACUCUACUUGAACGAGCGAAAUUUUACAGAAGUCGCGCGAAAACGAUACAUUGAUCCCUCCACGACAAACUCGGCCGUGCAGACCGCCCUAGCCUUGCAGCUCCAACACGCCGCGCGAGACGAACUGCUCAAACAGUCGGACUUUAUCAACGUGAGCGAUCUCGAAGCCGAUGCCGGCGAUGCCUUCCAAGCUCUGUCGAAUCUUCUGGGCGACGGCGAGUUUUUCUUUGGGCGUGACCAGCCCGGCUUGUUCGACGCUAGUGUUUUUGCCUAUACGCAUUUGAUCCUGGAAGAAAAUUUGAAGUGGAAGUCUAACCCGCUGGCGAUUCUCUUGUCGCAACACAAAAACCUGGUGCAGCAUCAACAGAAACUAUUUGAAAAGUACUUUUAG